CAUGGCAGCUGCUACACCUGGCACUAGUGUAAGCUUACCAACUUCAUCAGCUGCUAAUCCGCGCCUCACAUUUCCUUCUGUUUUCUCUAUAUGCUCUGUACCCAAAAACCCAUUAAGAUACCCUCGAAAUAUUCACCCGCAUGUUAAAUUUUCAAGAAUUUCUCCACUAUCCGCUUCGGCAAUGUCUUCUGGUGUGAAAGAGGUGCUUCCACCUGCUCUUGAUUCUUCUUCAGAACCACCUGCCAUCUUUGAUGGUACUACCAAGUUGUACAUAUCUUACACAUGCCCUUAUGCGCAACGUGUAUGGAUUACAAGGAACUAUAAGGGAUUGCAGGAUAAGAUAAAACUGAUCCCUAUUGACCUGCAGAACAGGCCUGCCUGGUACAAGGAGAAAGUUUACCCACCCAACAAGGUGCCAUCUCUGGAACAUAAUAAUGAAGUUAAAGGAGAGUCUCUUGAUCUGAUAAAAUAUCUGGAGGGUAACUUUGAAGGUCCUUCACUUCUUCCUGACGAUCCAGCCAAGAGAGAGUUUGCAGAAGAGUUGCUGUCCUAUACCAACUCCUUCAAUCAAGCUGUGGUUUCUUCUUUCAAGGCAGAUUCAAUUAGUGAAGCUGGUGCUGCCUUUGAUUACCUUGAGAACGCCCUUGGCAAAUUUGGGGAUGGUCCCUUUGUCCUUGGAACUUUUAGUCUGGUAGAUAUAGCUUAUGCUCCGUUCAUUGAGAGGUAUCAACCCUUCUUGUUGGAUGUGAAGAAGUAUGAUAUUACAGUGGGCAGGCCAAAACUGGCAGCAUGGAUUCAGGAGAUUAACAAGAUUGAGGCUUAUGAAGUGACAAAACGUGACCCAAAGGAGCUUGCAGAAGCCUUCAAAAGGCGUUUCUCGUCUCGGUUUUGAGCUGUCGCAAUCCCCAGAUAUUUCAUGGAAAUGGAACAAGUGUACUCGUCAUCUCCGAGGAAUUUUAUGAUGCAAGGUUGUACCUCGCCUGUAACACCUGUAAUAAAAGCCACUAGUUGAUCUCAGUAAUCAUUGUUAGAAGUCUUCUGGUUGUGAGCAGCUGCUUGAAUAACUUCUGCGGACUUAAUAGUCUGCUUUAUCUUUACUCAACUGACGGAUGCUUGGUAUUCUCUUGAUUGAUAGGACCUAUACAUCUUUUCAGGCGUCCGUGCUUCCCAAAAAUUGGUAGAUUACCCAGAAAACUUGGACGAGGUUUUUGAAGUUUGUCUUCCAAUCCAACUGCUAGUUAAUAAAAGCAUCUUUCUAUUAUAGUACUUAUAGAUGAUCGUUUCAGCAUUUCUCUCCUUUAGAUUGCUUCUUGGGCUGUAAAGUGUGUGGCCUUAUCAAACCGGUGGUAAUAGGGAGGAAUGAUGAAAACCCAAGUAGUGCUGGGAGACGACUGGGGGGAUGCUGCUUUUUUCCCUUCUUGAUCGUUCAUGAAUCUGCAAUUUAGCGAGUCUAUGGAGCUCUGCUUAUCCCUUUGUUGCACAGUUGUACAUGACCGUAUGUUGAUCAAGUCUCUAGUUUUAGUGAAAAGAAAAAUCUACUUUUAAGUGA